AUGGCCCAAAAUCCAGCCGAAUCCGCCGCAUCCACCAAAAACAAAUUGAAGGAGUCCCGUGAAAAGGAAGAAGAGUGCGUGCGGAAUUUAAAGGAAAACCAACUUCAGUUGGUUCAAGCCCGAAAGGAAGCUGUGGACGUCAUUUACGCCCAUCAGCGCGUGGUGCUUCGCCUGAACGAAGAAAUCGCUCGGGGAGCUGAGGAUCUCGUCAACGUCCAGGUCCACUACCGAGCUGAGAGGGAGAAAAUGGUGAGUGGAUUUGUUGGAGACCUGCUGCGCAAGAUUCGGGAAAAGGAUGUAACCGAAAACGUCCACGUAACGGUUCCAAUUCCCGACGCCCCGAAGUACGUUGUUCCCCGUCACACCCCGACCAUCCGCUGUUUCUUGCCCGAGCAUUUGGAGAAGCCGGGAUCUUACCGCUGCACGUUGAAGAUUGCGGAAUGUGAGGAGUUUAUGACUCCCACCAAUCAAGAUCGCCUGGAGCUUCUUUUCACGCAGCAUCGCUGCUUCGGGUGUUUUUUGCCCGCCUCUGUUGCUGGCCAUAACACCCUGGCCGAUUGCCCGCAUCCUCGGUGCUGCAACCUCUGCAAGAUACGAGAAACCGUCAGAGAAUACAGGAACAAACAGCAAACAACAGACAACAUCCUCGCACAAACUCCUUUUCAAUUCCGGACAUUUUUCUUCCUUGAGUUGCUUAAGGAACGAGAAGAUCGAGAGCGAAAGAAGCGUCGCCUAGCAGAAGAAUUAGAUCAUUGUAUCAGAUUGCAGAAUCAAUGGAAAGCCAUCCAGAAGUUUAUUGAAAUGGAGGAAGAUAGAUUAAUUGAAGAAUGCCAACUCCAACGACGUCGCUUGAGUCAAAUGCAGCAGCAAGAAAGGAAAGAGAAAGCCGAGAAACUUGCUUCCAUCCGCCAUCGGCUUCAAAAGGCUUUAGAAGUCGAGGAGCGCCGGCGUCGUGAAAGAGAAGAGUUAUGGAUCGAAUACGGUUGUGAAGAGAAGGAAGAACUGGAGAAGAAAAAAGCUGAAGAAUUAGAGAAGAUGACUCGAGCCCAACGAAUCAAAUGGAAUGAAGAUAUGGCUGAACAAUUGCGCCAGCUCGAGCUUAAGAAGAAAGCGCAGAAAGAAGAAGAACUUAACGAACCUUUAUGGAUGCUGGAGCAAGGUGCGUUGGAGGAAAAGGCUGAACGAGAGGCCGCUGAACGAAGACACAAGGAUCUCACGCAAUUGCAGAAAGAACAGGCGGCCUUACUCGCAGAGCGACGCCAGCUGAAGAAAUUGGAAUUGGCCGAGAAGGAGGAAGAACGACGCAUGGAAAAAUUGCGUCAACAGGCCGAGGACGAAGCGAUCGCAGAGGAAAGAAGAAGAAUCUUGGAGCAACACGCUCCGCUUUUGAUUGGUUUCUUGCCACCUGGUCUGUUCCGGAACAUGGCAGAAAUGAGUUCCCUACCCGAAAACAUCCAGGCCCAGUUCCGCCGGCACGUCCAGAUUCAAGACGAUCCAGAUUUAUGGUAAAAUGGCGAUUAUUCUGC